UCCACAGGAUAGAAUGUUUAAAUUUUGUCAAAUGAAGCAUAUUUUUGAAACACUUGAUAAAAUGAGAUGCUUGAGAAAACGUUCCACAGUGUCAUUCUUGGGAGUUCUUGUCAUUUUCCUUCUCUUUAUGAACUUGUACAUUGAAGACAGCUAUGUUCUGGAAGGAGAUAAACAACUUAUAAGGGAAACAUCCACACAUCAGCUGAAUUCAGAACGUUAUGUGCAUACUUUCAAAGAUUUAUCUAAUUUCUCAGGAGCCAUCAACGUCACCUAUCGCUACUUAGCUGCCACACCUUUACAAAGAAAGCGGUUUCUUACAAUUGGACUUUCAUCAGUGAAACGAAAAAAAGGAAACUAUUUACUUGAGACAAUCAAGUCAAUUUUUGAGCAAUCCAGCUAUGAGGAGCUGAAGGAAAUUUCAGUGGUGGUUCACCUAGCAGACUUCAAUUCAUCCUGGCGUGACGUCAUGGUCCAGGAUAUUACACAGAAAUUUGCCCACCACAUUAUUGCAGGAAGAUUAAUAGUUAUACAUGCUCCAGAGGAAUACUACCCAAUCCUGGAUGGCCUUAAGAGAAAUUACAAUGAUCCAGAAGACAGAGUCAGAUUUCGUUCUAAGCAAAAUGUAGACUAUGCUUUUCUGCUUAAUUUUUGUGCCAAUACUUCAGACUAUUAUGUAAUGCUUGAAGAUGAUGUUCGAUGUUCAAAAAAUUUCUUAACUGCCAUCAAGAAAGUGAUUACAUCCCUAGAAGGAACCUACUGGGUAACUCUUGAGUUCUCUAAGCUUGGCUACAUUGGAAAACUUUAUCAUUCUCAUGAUCUCCCACGUUUAGCACACUUUUUAUUAAUGUUUUAUCAAGAAAUGCCUUGUGAUUGGCUAUUGACUCAUUUUCGGGGUCUUUUAGCUCAGAAAAAUGUGAUCCGUUUUAAACCAUCUCUCUUUCAGCACAUGGGUUAUUAUUCAUCAUAUAAAGGGACUGAGAAUAAGCUGAAGGAUGAUGAUUUUGAAGAAGAGUCAUUUGACAUCCCUGAUAACCCUCCUGCCAAUCUAUAUACCAACAUGAAUGUUUUCGAAAAUUAUGAAGCAAGCAAGGCUUAUAGUAGUGUUGAUGAGUACUUUUGGGGGAAACCACCUUCAGCAGGAGAUUUCUUUGUGAUUAUAUUUGAAAAUCCGAUUUUAAUUAAAAAAAUUAAAGUGAGUACUGGAACAGAAGAUCGGCAAAAUGACAUUUUACAUCAUGGAGCCCUAGAUGUUGGGGAAAAUGUUGUAGAUUUCAAACAAAGUAGACAAUGUGUUACUUACUUAAGACUAGGGGAAUUCAAAAACGGAAACUUUGAAAUGUCGGAGGUGAAUCAAAAAAUUCCAUUUGACAUAAAUUGCAUAAGGAUAUAUGUUACCAAAACACAAAAGGAAUGGCUGAUUAUUCGGAGUAUUAGCAUUUGGACUUUUUAACCAAUUAAAUCGAUAUGUCCAGUUAUUGAAGCAGGCUUUCCUGUUUCCCUUUUUGCUACCUUCCUCUUUUGCUACUUUUGUCUGUUGGAGGGAAAGCAAUGGAUGGAAUAUUUUCAAAGAAAAGUCUAAUCAUUUUGGCAGUUUUGAUUUACAUAUUGUCAACAUAAUUUUAUUCUAAUCCACACUUGUAUUUAUUUUAACUCUUGAAGUUGAGAAUCAGUCCAUGGUUAAUGCUACUUCCAUUUAUAUUUUUAUGUGAUCAUGUUAGUUCCAAAAUUUCAACUAAAUGUCAAAAAGGUGACAUGAAGGAUUUAAAAUGAGAACACUUAGUUUGUUGGAUGGUGAGUCUUGAAAAAUAGUUGCCAACUAUAUGCACUUCCUCAAAAUUAAACAUUCACUAUAUCAUCAGAUAGCUUUCAUUAAGCAUCUGUGUGAAUAUGCAGUUGGUUAGAAUGAUAAUCCAUUUUUUUCCUGUAAACAUAGGUUCUCAUAGACUUCUGUACAUCUACAAUGAAUACCUCCUCAUAGAAAUAUGUCUUUACAACAGAAUUUUGUGCAUAGCUG